AUGAUCGCCGGAGAUUAUUUGACUUAUAAUUAUACUACUCCGGUUACUUCUCCUUACGGUGAACUUUGGCACAUAUUGGCUGCAAUCGAUGUAUUCUCGCCGGGAAGAGUUGCGGCAUUUUCCGACGUCCGGCGAAAUGAAAUCCGGCUGCUUAUGAAUCGGAUUAUGAAGAGAUGCAACGGGCCAAGCUCUGGUGAACUAGCCACUGAAACUUAUACAUUGGGAAACACUUCCUUUCCAAAUAUGGUCUAUGGGUGUUCGAAAAACAACAUUGGUGUGUACCAUCACACCAUUGCUGGCAUUGUCGGGUUCGGACCUGGGCCUCACUCAUUAAUAAGCCAGCUUAGCGAUAGUGUCGGUGGUAAGUUCGCGUACUGCCUAAUUCAUUAUUCGAUCAAACAUGCAAAAAGUAAGAUCAGCUUCGGGGCUGGCGCAAUUGUGCCUGGGCGCAGCACCCCGUUGGUAUCCGCCUAUUAUGUCACAUUGGAAGGGAUUAGUGUCCAAAAUGUGACAUAUCCCUUCAUGGUUGGUAAUGAGAAAACCUAUACGAGAAUUCCUUGUAUGAGUUCUGCCUUGUUAGAUACCGGCUCUUUUCUAUCUUAUUUGCCGACGGAUUUAUACCAACAAGUGGAGAAAGUAAUAAGAAGCGCGGUUAGAGUCCCACCAAUUCCAUUUGGCUAUUUAAAAAAUUGUUACAUAUUCUUUCCAAACUUUCCUACUAUCAUUUUCCAUUUAUCUGGAGGGGUUGAAUUAGUUUUGACGCCGAGAUAUACAAUCGUUAACUAUAGCGGCUUAUGGUGCUUCUCGAUAUACCCAACCAAUGAUGAAACUAUAAUUGGGAGCGUGUUACAAAUGGAUUACAUGAUUGAAUAUGAUCUUAAGAAUAAGACUGUUUCUUUUAGACCAACUGAUUGUUCAAAGAGUUAA